UGUUUGGCUGCACACUGCAGGAGUGGAUGCCACGAGUUCUGAUGGAGGCCAAGAAUGCUUACUGAACACAGUCUGAUGGAGAUGGACAGCAGUGCUGUGGUCAGUUUCUCACUGGUGAAUGUUUACCCUCACGGAAGUUGCCUCUUUGAACGACAUCCAGCCAACCUAUCGAAUCCUAAAACCAUGGUGGGACGUGUUUAUGGAUUACCUGGGCAUUGUGAUGCUCAUGGUAGCGAUAUUUGCUGGGACAAUGCAGUUAACCAAAGACCAAGUUGUUUGCUUGCCUGUUUUGGAUUCCUGGAAAGAGACUGCAACCACACAGAGGCCAGACACAGCUUCUGGCCUCAGGACAGAAGGAAACCGGGUGACAUUAGCAGCUGCUCAUUUGGCAAGCAAAGACCAGCCUGACACGGUGGUGCAACAACUGCAGUUCUCUCAUCCAGCUGAGCCAACCGGGGUGAAAACCAACAUGGACUUUCAGCAGUAUGUCUUUGUCAACCAAAUGUGCUACCAUAUUGCCCUUCCAUGGUAUUCUAAGUACUUUCCCUAUCUUGCUCUUAUUCACACCAUCAUCCUGAUGGUCAGCAGCAACUUUUGGUUCAAGUAUCCAAAGACAAGCUCAAAAAUUGAGCACUUUGUGUCCAUUUUGGGGAAGUGCUUUGAGUCCCCUUGGACCACUAAGGCGUUGUCUGAGACUGCAUGCGAAGACUCAGAAGAGAAUAAACAAAGAAUGACGGGUGCCCCUUCGUUACCAAAGCACAUAUCCACCAGCAGUGAGGAAGGAAGUCCAAACCAGUCCACACCAAUGAUUGCGAAAACCAGUAUUAAAUUUUCUACAGAAAAGCCUGUAAUUGAAGUUCCAAGCAUGACCAUUCUGGAUAAGAAGGAUGGUGAACAAGCCAAGGCGCUUUUCGAGAAAGUUCGGAAGUUUCGCAUACAUGUCGAGGACAGUGACUUGAUCUAUAAACUCUAUGUUGCUCAAACCAUAAUAAAGACAGUUAAAUUUAUUUUGAUCUUAUGUUACACAACAACGUUUGUUGCCUCCAUUGAUUUCGAACAUGAUUGUUAUCCACCUGUUAAGCAUUUAACAGGCUAUACCAAAUUCCAGUGCACACAUAAUAUGGCAUUCAUGUUAAAGAAGCUGCUCAUAAGCUACAUCGCUCUCAUUUGCGUUUAUGGCCUGGUAUGUAUUCACACACUGUUCUGGCUAUUCCGGCGCUCUCUGAAAGAGUACUCGUUCGAGAAAGUGCGAGAAGAGAGCAGCUUUAGCGACAUACCAGAUGUAAAGAAUGACUUUGCAUUCCUCUUGCACAUGGUCGAUCAGUACGACCAGCUGUACUCCAAGCGCUUUGGCGUCUUUCUUUCUGAGGUCAGCGAGAACAAACUGCGAGAAAUUAGCUUAAAUCAUGAAUGGACGUUUGAGAAACUGCGCCAGCAUGUCAGUAGGAAUCCACAGGAUAAGCAGGAGCUUCAUUUGUUCAUGCUGUCUGGUGUUCCCGAUGCAGUCUUUGACCUCACUGAUUUGGAGAUACUAAAGCUCGAAUUAAUCCCGGAAGCCAGAAUAACGGCAAAGAUCUCACAGAUGAUCAACCUUCAGGAGCUGCAUUUGUAUCACUGCCCUGCUAAAGUUGUGCAGACGGGGUUCAGUUUUCUUCGAGACCACCUACGGUGCCUUCAUGUCAAGUUUACUGAUGUCGCAGAGAUACCCCCUUGGGUUUACCUGUUGAAGAAUUUAAGGGAACUCUACUUGGUUGGGAACCUAAACUCUGAAAACAAUAAAAUGAUUGGUUUGGAAUCCUUGAGGGACUUGAGGCAUCUGAAAGUCCUACAUUUAAAGAGCAACCUCACCAAGAUCCCGACAAACAUAACAGACCUUGCCCCCCAUUUGGCUAAACUUGUGGUUCAUAAUGAUGGUACUAAACUUUUGGUACUGAAUAGUCUGAAAAAGAUGGUUAACCUUGCAGAUCUUGAGUUGAUUAACUGUGAACUGGAAAGAAUUCCACACGCCAUCUUCAGCUUGACCAAUCUACAGGAACUGGACCUGAAAUCCAAUAACAUUCGCACCAUUGAGGAGGUCAUUAGCUUUCAGCACCUAAAACGGCUUACCUGCCUCAAACUCUGGCACAACAAGAUCAUUACCAUUCCACAAUCCAUAAGCCAAGUAAAGAACCUUGAGUCCCUUUACCUUUCACACAACAAGCUUGAGACUUUGCCCGUCCCCUUGUUCGGUUUGCUCAAACUUAGAUAUUUGGACGUUAGUCACAACUCUGUUGUGACAAUUCCUCUGGAAAUAGGAUUCCUGCAGAACCUCCAGCACUUUGCAAUCACAGGAAACAAAGUGGAGAUGGUGCCCAAGCAACUUUUUAAAUGCACAAAGCUGCGUACACUGUGUUUGGGCCAUAAUUGUGUCUCUUCUCUGCCAGAGAAAAUUGGCCAGCUGGUCCAGCUGACACAUCUGGAGUUGAAGGGAAACUGUCUGGACCGGCUCCCGACCCAACUCGGUCAGUGCCGACUUCUGCGUCGAAGUGGACUUGUGGUGGAGGACCAUCUCUUUGACGCCUUGCCGAUUGAAGUUAAAGAGAGUAUUAAUCAGGAAAGCAAUGUUACUUAUGCUAAUGGAAUGUAAGAGUAAAGUAUGGGUCUUACGUGUCCCUUUAAUUAACAUUCUCCCCA